UGUAUCUCUUUCAUUCUUUGUCUACUCAGUGCUUUUGGUGGUUCGUUUAAUCUUUCCUCUUGUUGGAAUUUGUGUGCAUCUUCGUUUUUCUGCCUACAGGGUAUUGCCAAACCAGUGCCAAAACCUGAAAGAAGCAGAAGAAGAAUCAAGAAUCAAGCUGCUAUGAACCAGGCAGUACAGAAAAACACUCUGUAUGUAGGAGGAUUAGCAGAGGAGGUGAAUGAGGCAAUACUACACGCUGCAUUCAUACCUUUUGGAGAUAUUAAGGAUGUGAAGACCCCAUUAGAUCAUGCGACCCAAAAGCACCGUUCUUUCGGGUUUGUGACCUUCCUUGAAAGAGAGGAUGCUUCAGCCGCCAUGGACAACAUGGAUGGUGCUGAACUUUAUGGACGCGUCCUCACUGUUAAUUAUGCUCUUCCUGAGAAGAUCAAGGGUGGCGAACAGGGUUGGGCUGCUCAACCAAUUUGGGCAGAUGCUGACACAUGGUUUGAGAGGCAACAGCAAGAAGAGGAAAUGAAGCGCCUUCAAGAAGAGCAGAAGGCUGCAAUGCAGGUAGCAGAAGACUUGCAUAGAAAAAAGAUGGCCGAGGAAAGAGAAGGUGAAAAGGAUGAAGAAACAGAGACAAAGAAUGACCCUAUGGCUAUGGCUGAAGCUGAGAUUUUGAAACAGAAUGCUGCUACUUAAUCAUUUUGAUGGCUGAAGAGCUUGAGGUACUCGUUAUGCUGUAUAGAUGAGCAAUUUGUUACGUCCUUUUACUUGACCCGUAUCUUAUGUUGUUAAAUGGCAAUUUUACUAUUUUAGCGCCACUAACUUCAACUUUAGCUUCGUAUUCGAUUUCCGGAUGUUAUUUUUACUCUUCUAUAGCACAUGCUUUCUUUGACGCUUUAUAAACUGCUCAAGUUCAACUGGGUUUCAAACUACAUAAGCUUAUAUAGCUUUGUCGCUUUAGAAAAUCUAUUGAUGAGCAUGUAUGUUAUGUCGUCUUUUUAAUAGCGCAAAACCUAUGCUCUGCCCGUCA